UAGAUCAGGUUAGCUAACAGGAUGGUUUGCUCGCCAGCGUAAACCAGCAGAAUAUUCAGACGAAGAAAGUGGUGUGGGUACCUAACCCGGUCCGUUAUUGUUGGACCUUUUUAGAUGUGCUGUUUUAAUGAGAUUUGCAUUCGUCCGUGUCGCCUUGUAUCCCUCCAGUUCGCAAACUGGCUAAAGCACUGCAAAUGUGAGUGCUAGCUAGUUAGCUAGCUCCCUAGCCGAAUGAGCAUCAGUACCCGGCUUUGAGGGGCGCGAAUAUCAUCAUUCUCUCUAUUCCCAACAUUCCCGCUGGCUAUCUAGCGACUUUGUUAACAGUUUACCUAGCUAGUGAACAUUUUUCCAGUCGUCAAAAGUGCCCUGAGCGCUGGUCGCCAAACCGACUAGCCACAGAGCGACGACAGACCUGGUGUUCGACAAUGACAGCGUUAACACAUUAGGAUGUGGGUUUCGCUAGGAGAGAUGUAUCAGCUACCUGUAAACAACCUUACAAGGAUUCGGAGAGCUAGGAAACAGGUGAAGAAAGCACUUGGUGACAUUGGGCUGGAAUACUGCAAAGAGGCGGUAGAGGACUUUAAAGAAUUUUGUCCCAAUGAACAAUAUGUAAAGGGCACUCUUUGCCUUGAGAUUUGUUCAUGGGAUCCAUCAUACUCUAAGACACAGGAUUAUCGAUCUAAACCAUUCUGCUGCACAGAGUGUCCAUUUUCUUCCAAAUACUACUCAGGCUACAAGAACCACUUCCGCAAUGUACACCGACAAAACUUUGAAAACAGUAUCCUGCUCAACUGUCCGUACUGCACAUUCACAGCAAGCAAGAGAACUAUGGAGACACAUGUUAAAAUAUUCCAUAUACCCAGUUCAACACGGCAGAACUAUGGGACCUUCCAGGGAAAUGCGGUUGGGCAGAAAGACAAAAUAUGGCUUGACAGAGCCAGACAGGGAGAUAAUGUAGAGAGAGCGAUGUACUUUUGCAAAAAAUGCACCUACCGAGAUCCUCUGUACAAUGUUGUUAGAAGACACAUCUACAGGGAACAUUUUCAGCAUGUUGUCUCACCCUAUCUUGGCAUGGUGUCUGAAUCAUCGGUGAAAAAUGGUGCUAAUUCUGUUAAUGGCAACAACAUCCUAUGUAAGCGAUGUCAGUUUUCUACACGAAGCUAUGAGGCACUUGUACAGCAUGUUGUUGAGUACCAUGAGCGUAUUGGUGCUCAAGUAACAACUAUGAUUGGACAUGCCAAUGUUAUGGUGUCACGAUCUCAAGCUUUUCCUGGGAUGUCACCAAAAGCUUCUCUGAUGGCUGGAGGCCGCACCCUCUCAUCUGAACAACUAAGCCACUUGGUGGGUGGCCAUUUAAAGCAGGGUCACUCCGUUUUGAAAAAUCAGUCCUCCCUUGCUGGCCAUCAGGUACGUGUUGCAAUUCCUGGCAACAGUGCUUCACCAGAAAGUACAACUUCUGUUGUUAACACAGCUCAGACACAAAAGUGGAAGAUAUGCACUGUCUGCAAUGAGCUUUUUCCCGAAAACCUCUAUAGUGCUCACUUUGAAAAGGCACACAAGGCUAAGAAAGUAUGGGCAAUGGCCAAGUAUAUCAUGAAGAUCCACAACUUCACCAGCAAGUGUUUGCUUUGCAACCGCUAUUUGCCCAGUGACACACUGCUUAAUCACAUGUUAAUCCAUGGACUUACCUGCCCACAGUGUCAUGCUGCUUUCCACAAUGUAGAGAAAAUGAUUGAGCAUGUGGGGCAGGCUCAUCCGGAGGAGUUUGUGGGUCCUCCUGGUAUAUCCCCAUUAACCUUUGACCUUACCAUCAAACAAGAUAAGUCCAAAAACAUACAGCUUGUUGUGAUGACUUUCAAUAUGAAGGAACCAGCUAAUGGUCAAGACCAGCCUGCACCUGCUCAGAACAGCCUCAUACCAACUGUCAAGGUAACUGCUCCCAAGAUGAUUGAUACAAGUGAUGAUGUUUAUGCUCGAAGUUUGCCACCAGCAACUCUGUCCGGCAAGAGCGAGGUCGGGAAAACUCUGUGCCCGUUGUGUUUCACCAUACUCAAAGGCCCUAUCUCUGAUGCUCUGGCUCAGCAUCUGAGGGAGCGACACCAAGUUCUCCAGACAAUGCAUCCGGUUGAAAAAAAGAUGACAUACAAGUGCAUUCAUUGCUUGGGAGUGUACACAAGUAACAUGGUGGCCUCCACAAUCACACUGCAUCUUGUGCAAUGCCGAGCUGUGGGCAGGUCCCAGGCAGGCCAAGGCACCAAAUCUGCCUUGACUCUCAAUUCCUCUGGGGCUGGGUUCCUCAAGCGGCAGCUACCCACCCAGACCGUGUCUAACCCAAAAAGGAUGAAGAUAAAUGAGUUAAAGAUAACCUCUUCCACAGAAAGGAAUCGAGGGGAAUCUAAUGAUUUUGCAUUGGAUCCUAGAAGCUAUGAACACAAGACAUAUGAGGCCCGGAAAGCAUUUCUUACUGCCUACUUCAACAAGCGUCCCUACCUUUCUCCUCAGGAAGAGGAGAAGCUGUCUGCAAGUCUAUGGCUGUGGAAAUCAGAUAUCGCCAGCCACUUUUCAAACAAGCGUAGAAUAUGUGAGAGAGAAUGCGAGACAAAGAAGGUUGCUGUGCUGCUUGGCUUUGACAUGCAAGCUCUUGAGAAAUUUAAGCAUGAUAUAAACUUUGAGGAGAGCAAACGAGCAGGUACCUCAACAGUGAGGUCAGGCUCUGGAGGCCUCAAGUCUGGUACUCCAACCAUAGACCAAAACAAACAAUGUGAAACAAUUAACUGUACACUAAAGCUGAGCACAUACACAGAGACCAUAUCAAUUGAUUCAUCAGAUAGUGAACCAGAAAAUGAGAGGUCUACUGAGAAUGGAAGCAUUAACAAAAGCCAAGAAGAGGAUAUAAGAUCCAAAGAGGCAACAAACUUGACAGAAGAUAUUCCCUCUAUGAACAGAGAUGGUCCUUCCAGAGGGGAGAGAACCAAUUUGCAAGAUGGGCAAGCAAACUCUUGGAUAGCUUUCUGUUAGUGUCCUGUCUUAGCAGUGAGCUUUUGCAGAAUUCAAUUUUACACAAGUGUAAAAUCCUCUUUGAUUGCUCAUGGAUUGUUUCAGAAAGGACUAUGGGUAGUUGGAGAUCAUAAAGGUUUGUUCUUAAGGUAUGGUUCACAAGAAAAUACUGUAUUUCCAAAUAUUGACCUCAAUACAAGUGUUGAAGUGUUGAAAAGAAAAAUUCAGCUACAUAAUAGUGCAAAAGUAUGGCUUCUGUGAUAGACGACAUUGACAUUGUAUAUAUUUUAACCAUUGUUCUUUGUUUGGUUAUGCAUACUGUCUGUUACUCACUGGUUAACUGUCACAAAGAUUUAUGAAAUGAACAUGACUAUAUCCUCACUUUCACGCUGAUUUUUCUUUUCUCGACUGUGAGAUCAUCGAACUGUAUAUCAUUUCACAUUUAGAAAGUGUAGGAUAUGCUAUUGCCUAUGUACAUGUUUUAAUAAAUAAGUUUGUUUAAA